AUGUUUUUUCGAAUCGUUUCCUUGCUAUUUAUUCUCAUUAAUCUUUAUUCAAAAAAUCAAGUGUUUGCAUCACCGGUGUUACUUUGGAGCAAACUGAAAUUUCCUCAAUCGGAAGUUCCUCUAGCUCCACUCUCCUCAUUAAAUCUCAUAUCUGAUUACAUUUGUCAAGUACCCAAUAAACAAAUUGAUCUACGCAUUUUUGCUGUAAAAAAUCUGGCUAUUGAAGAUAUUCAACGUGGUCCACAACGUGAUCAUCCACUUCUAUUAGAUGCUAAAAAAAAUCAAGAAAAUUUUCUCUAUUUUCCUAAUGUUGACAAUGAUGUAUACACAGCAUUUUCAUUAAUUCCACGAUCAAAUAAUAUGAAAUGUUCACAUAUACACUUUGAAAUAAUAUCAUUGAAAACUUUUGAAAUAUUAAAUGAUGCAUUAAAUGAAAUACAAACAACCAUUGAUAAUAUUGGAACAGAUGCAAAUAAUGCUGUUCUUAUUGCACUUAUAAAUGAUCCAGUUGAUGAUAAAAUAUUGUCUCGUCAACGUCGACUAACUCAAGUCCAGGAAAAAACAGUACUGAUAUCGAAUAAUAAAACAUGUAUGUUUUAUGCUAAACAAUUAUAUUGGAAUGAUGUUAAUGGAACAGUAUCAUCUGCUCGUAAUUAUAGUCUUAGUUUAAAUGAAAGUUCUUGUCUGCCAAAUAUAACACCCGAUGGCAAUUAUACUUCAGUUAUUCUUAAUCUUGUUUGGAUUAAUAGUCAAGUACCAAGAGAUACUGUUACUGUAAGUCUGACUACAACAAAAAUGGGACGUUUUUGGAGUUUGGAAAAUGCUACUCUUAAUCAAAAUGAAUAUCGUUAUUUUGUAUCUGGAAUGCAUAGUCCAAUGGAAACACCUCCGACAUAUUCCUAUGUUUGUACAACAGCAGAAUUUGUUCGAUACGAUAAUUCGAAGACAAAAUAUGGGCAAUACAAUUUUAGCAAUAAAUUUUAUAUAAAAGAGCUUCAAUUUCAACCAUUUAAUGUUAAUGGAUCAGUUUUUGGUUUACCGAAUUAUUGCACAUCAUUUUUUACACGAGGCAUAUGGAUGGCAAUAACAUCAAGUUUACUUUGCUUGGGCAUAUUAUUAUUUGGCAUUUAUCAUUUAAUGAAAAUAAAAUCAAACGAUCGAUUUGAUGAUCCAAAAGCAAAACCAUUGAUUAUUAAGGCCCAAGAAUAA